AUGUCGUUUAAAACUCUGCAACUAUCACAAGUGCUUCGACGUGAAAUACACGCGUGCUGUGCCAAUCUUAUCAAAAAGAAUAAGCUGCCGUCAAGGCCCAAGUUUACACUUGCCAUGGAAGCCGAUCUUGAAGAAAAAUUCCUACAUGGCGGUCGCGGGCCUGGCGGACAAAAGAUUAAUAAAUGCAAUAGUAAAGUACAACUCAAGCACAUGCCUAGCGGCAUUGUUGUUGAGUGCCAAGAGACACGAUCGCGACACCAAAACAGAAAGCUUGCCCGCGAUAAAUUGGCUUUACAAAUUGCUCGCUGGCAGAAUGGCGGGGAACCAAUCGCUCGGGAGACUGCCAUUCAUGAGUGGGAGAAACAAGGCAAAAAAAGUCGAGAGCGUAAGAGCCGAGACAAGCACGAAAAGCACGACGAAGAAAGAAAAGCCGAACAGUUGCGAGAACUGGAAGAGGAGGAGAAAAUUUUGAAUCAGUUGAUGCAUUAA